AUGGCAAAGGAAGCCGCCCCCAGAACCGGCCUGGCCGUCGGCAUCAACAAGGGCCACGUACGUUCGAUCCCCGAUUAUCCCCAAGGAAGACAGGCCGUCAAUGGCGUCGGACGACAGGACGACAGCGACAACGACGACAACGGGCGAUGGACAAUGCAGGGACGUGAUGGGCGGGUUGAGAAUUUCUUGAAGCGCAAAACCACCCCCCGCGUUGUCAAGCCCCGUGUGUCCCGCACCAAGGGCCAUCUGAGCAAGCGCACCGCUUUCGUCCGCGACAUCGUCAAGGAGGUUGCUGGCCUCGCUCCCUACGAGCGCCGUGUUAUUGAGCUGCUGCGCAACAGCAAGGACAAGCGCGCACGCAAGCUGGCAAAGAAGCGGCUCGGUACCUUCGGCCGUGCCAAGAGAAAGGUGGACGAGCUCACCCGGGUGAUCGCCGAGUCGCGCAGACAUUAA